GGCCAUUGUAGACCGUUUGAUGACAGUACCAUACUGUACCGUAUGGCACCGCUCUGAUGUAAUGGAUGAUGCAAUCAUGACUGGGAUUCACAAUUCAUUCGCAGGGAGGGAAGAAGGGAUGUCCUUUUCUGAGCAGACCGGAAUCCCUGAAGCAGCAGCAGCCGCUGCUGUUACUGCUGCGCGCCUGAGGUGCCAGCUCUGCCCUCAUCCCUCCACGCAUGUCCCCGCAGGUGUGCCGUGGAAUGCCUCGCUACAAGAUCCUCCCCUCUUCGUUUUCUCACCAACCUCGCGAAAGAGACUACGGGUGAGUGCCGCGACGAGGCGUAAGUGACGCUCCGGCAAGAGGCUGGUGCGCCGAGCUGGAACAACCAGAGGGGGGAGGAGAACAGCACAGUGCACUUGAGGUCAAAACAGCGAAGAUGCGAUUCGAGGGCAGGAGGCAGUUCACGGGAGGAAGAGUCAGGCGCCUCCUCUGGGUAAUGCGGGGGAAGGGACGGAGGAAAUUCGCUUUCUGGUCUGGUCGGUCAUCGGGGGGAGUCUGCGACUUCUCCUGAAAGCACACGGCGGGCACUGGGUGGGACGAGCAGCACCCUUGGGAUUUCUCCUGAGAUGAGCGCAGCGGAUGCGGCUGUCGCGCUGCGCGAGAUUCUUGAUUCGAGGCGGAAUUAGUGGCACACUUGCUGCUUCCGGGCCCUUACAUUUCUUCUGCUCCCUUACCUGUCCCAACGUUUUUACUCCCCUGCUAGCUCCUCUUCUCGCUGGUCCACAAUCCGCGCGUUUCUCACUCUUCCAGAGUCACACUGUAGUACCGCGGUUACCAGCGCCUUACCUUAGAACCGGACCGCAUUCGCAUUUCUCCGAGGAACGCAGCGCGCGACCCCCUUAGCUGCUUCCAUCCCGUCCCCCGUAACGGUUACCAGCUCGCGACUGGACCAGCGAAGCCAUUUCGCGGGAGGCGUUUUGAGCCGCCCAGGCCGGCGAAUCAGGCGAUCAGCUUGCUUGCGAAAGCGUAGCUCGGCUUGAGUUUGUGCUUGCGACCGACCCUCCUUUCUCUCCGCAACUCUCGCGCGCUCCAUUGCUGGCUGUCGCGCGCAUAGCUCCGCUCUCUCUCUCGAGGAGGCAGGAGGCAGGAGGCAGGGGCGAAGGCGGCUUUCCAAUGACGGGCCGCUCACCGCUGCGGCACCAACGGCUGCCGCCAAACUUGCCGCGUAGCCCGGCGAGGGACGUUUCGAGGCCCUUGCUGCAUGCAGGCCGUGGGUCAACGGCCCUGGACCCGUCGAUAGCUUCUGCCGCAUUUCGGUCGCCGCUGGUGGUGCUGCUGACGGUGGUCAUCGUCGCCAGCUGCGGAGGCGGUAGCUCCAUCGUGCGACAGUCGCCCGUCGCAUUCGUCGCAGCACGGUCGCUGCUCAUGCCUCAACCCAAUUCAGCCAAUGAGGAGCCACCCGCCUCCCCUGCGCCCGCAUCCGGACCAGCACCAGGCGCCGAGCCUAGCAGCACCGGCAUCAAUGGCAGCAAUGCCAACAGCAGCAACAGCAGCGGCAGUGGCAGCGGGAGCAGCGCGCCUUUCAACGCGAGCACAGUGGACAGCAUCAGGCGCGGGUACGACUUCUCUUGCCUCUUCAAGGACGUCGUCAGCUCCGACUGCCGCGGCAAGUCCGUCAGCCCCUGGGCGGUCAUGACCUCCGUGAUUAUCUUCACUAUAAUCGGCCUCAUUAUAGGCGUGCCCCUCUGCAUCUGCUACCGUAACGGGCAGUGCGCGCAGAGAAAGCUUUUCUCGUGCUGCUGCCCGCAGCGAUUUGAAGAGGAGUUGGAGGAGCAGGAGGCGAAGAGAAAGGCUAAGCUGGCUGAACCAAGGCCGUGGGAAUUGCAAACGCCAGGGGCGAAAUCCGCUCUGAAGAGCAGCAGCAGGGAGGAGGAGGUGGAUGAGGACGAUGAUAGCGACUGGGUGAACGAAGACGAGGACCUGGAGUGCGGCCGGGGGAGGGGCAGCAGCCGGGAAGAGAAGGUGCCUAUAACGCGGACAAGGAGCUCGCAGGGAGGCGCAGGAGCGGGAGUGCCACGGGCAGCAUCAACUGCUUCGUCGGCAUCCGGCGUGCCAAGAAGCGCAUCGGGAGCGUCAGCCGCAUCAGGUGGGGGGAGAGGUGUGAGUGCGGGCAGAGGGAGGGGAGGCGGAGGGAGAGGGAGAGGGAGAGGGAUGGGGAGGGGAAGGGGGAGAGGGGUGCCGCGGGCCAUGUCAGCGCAGGCGGCAGUGCCUCGGACACUAUCUGGCCAGGGUGCAGUGGCAGGGAGGGGGCUUGGGGGCGGGCAGGGCGUGCCAAGGGCGGUGUCUGCAGAAGCAGGCAUGGAUGGUGGAGGGGGGAACAUUCAGAGGACCCUGUCUGGGCAGGCAGGGGCAGCAGGAGCAGCUGGGAGAGGGGAUGGGCUGACUCGGGCGGGUCCCAGAAGCACCAUGAGUGGCAUGGGAGGCGGUGAGAGAGGGGGGAGGGAGUACUAUGGUGGGAGGCGAGAUGAGGAUGAGGAUGAGGAGGAUAUGGGAGAGGGGGUGGAGUAUGAGUAUGAUGAGAUUGACAUAGAGUCGCCUGUGAGGCAAGGGCAUGGUGCUCAUGGCAGCAUGCGUCAGCCGGGCCAUGCAGCAACAGCAUCAGCAGCAGAAUCAUCUAACUAUGGCACUUCAUACAGCCAUGGCAGGAGCGGCAGCGGUGCUGCCAUCCGCCAACCCCCUCGCCACAUGCCUGCACCCACACGUGACUACGAUGACGAGGAUUCAGACCCGGAUGAUGUGGAGCAGUUUACACCUGUCACGGGGGCACGUCAGCAGGGAAGGUACGGGCAGCACGAGUAUGAAUAUGACUCGGGUCCGGGGAGUGGAAGGGGAGCGGGAAGUGGUCGGGGGUUAGGGGGUAGACAGGAGGCAAGGAGACCACUGCACUUGAAAAGGGGUGAUGAGAGAUAUGAUUCAGAUGAGUCGGAGGAUCUCUAUGAUGACUGACACGAGCUAGAGCGUAGGAUGUUUUAUUAACAUUUGAUAAAGGACAAGGAUUCUUUGCGCAAGCUUCCUUUGCGGAGUUUUUGAACGUUUCUGCUACGCUGACACCAGGGUCUCAGCUAGGAUUUAGGGCUGUCUUAGAAUCAGACGGGGUUUCAAAGUUUGGUCUGACCAUCAGACGAAAAU